UUCCGUAACGCUGGCCAGGCCGCUUCCGGCAGCGGGAUGGCUGGGUUCCCGGGACUCGAACGGAAGUUCCGGCGGGGGCGGCCGAGGGGGAAGAGUGUGUGUCUGUGCGGGAGAAGGAGGAGAAUAGCCCAAGCGGUCUCGAGAGCCCCAGGGAGUGGAGGCCCCCGAGGUGGAGCCCUGUGGUGUAUGUGUGGUAACACCAUGUCUGUGCCCCUGCUCACCGAUGCUGCCACUGUGUCUGGAGCUGAGCGGGAAACGGCUGCGGUUAUUUUUUUACAUGGACUUGGAGACACAGGGCACAGCUGGGCUGACGCCCUCUCUACCAUCCGGCUCCCUCAUGUCAAAUACAUCUGUCCCCAUGCGCCUAGGAUCCCUGUGACACUCAACAUGAAGAUGGUGAUGCCCUCUUGGUUUGACCUGAUGGGGUUGAGUCCAGAUGCCCCAGAAGAUGAAGCUGGCAUCAAGAAGGCAGCAGAGAACAUCAAGGCCUUGAUUGAGCACGAGAUGAAGAAUGGGAUCCCUGCCAAUCGUAUCGUCCUGGGAGGCUUUUCACAGGGUGGGGCCCUGUCCCUCUACACAGCCCUCACCUGCCCCCACCCUCUGGCUGGCAUUGUGGCACUGAGCUGUUGGCUCCCUUUGCACCGGGCCUUCCCCCAGGCAGCCAAUGGCAGUGCCAAGGACCUGGCUAUCCUUCAGUGCCAUGGGGAGCUGGACCCCAUGGUGCCUGUACGGUUUGGGGCCCUGACAGCUGAGAAGCUCCGGUCUGUUGUCACACCUGCCAGGGUCCAGUUCAAGACAUAUCCAGGUGUUAUGCACAGCUCCUGUCCUCAGGAGAUGGCGGCUGUGAAGGAAUUUCUUGAGAAGCUGCUGCCUCCUGUCUAAGCAGAGUUGCUGGCCCCCAGCAUAGUCCCCAAGCUCAUGGGGAUCCCAGCAAGCAAGCGUGGCACCAUCUUGGAUCUGAGCCGGUCGAGCCCCUGUCCCCACCCUUCCUGACCCCAUCCUCUUCCCAUAGGCCUCUGGGGCAGAUGGCAAGAUCUGGCCAGGCCUUCCUUCCUGGCCUCAGCCACCUGGCCGUCUUCAGCAGGGGUGAGCUGCUUUCUUAUCCCAUUUCCCUGGAGGCAGGCCCCCUGGCAACAGUAUUGGAGGGGCUAUAGGCAGCUGGAGAAAGGGGCCCAGCCGCUGACCCACUCACUCAGGACCUCACUCAUGAGCCCCGCUUUGGGCCCCCUCCUGUGACCUCAGGGUUUGGCCCAUGGGGCCCACUUGGGCCCCUAACCCCAACUGAUUCUGCCCAGAUAAUCGUGUGUCUCUCCUGCCUCUACACUAGCUGCUUCUCAAUCAUGAAUGUGGCCAUGGCCCCAGGGGCCCCCUGCUGCUGUGGGCUCCUUGCCCUGGGCAGGAGCGCUAUUGAGGAGGUGGAGUCUUUCAAGGGGGCUUCCCUCAGCUGUUCCCCCACUUGGGGGUUGGGUCCUGCCUCCCUGUUACCCUCCUCUCUGCAGGCCUGGAGCCUGCAGGGCCGGACCGAGGCUGGAGGUCUCCCCCACCUGUCUCACCCCCACUUUGUUCCCACUCUAGGGCAGGAAGGUGGUGGGGAGUUGUGUUUUGUCUUCUGUCUCCAUGUGGUUUUGGGUGUUUUUCUUGUUGUAUCCUGGAUUCCGAUAAAAUUAAAGAAAUUGCUUCCUCA